GAUGGCCGGCAAUAAGAAACGCCGCAGCAACAACGAGGGCUUGGAUCCCAAAUCGAUCAAAAAGAACAAGGUUUGCGCGUCCAUUGACCGUUUCCGAAUAUCAACCGCUAUUAUAUCUGAUGAUGCUGAUCACUGAGCAAUCGAGCCAGACCAAAGAGUACUGGAAGAACCAGGCGAAAGCCAAGUACCACAGCCUCAACAGCAUUGAGGAAGGCUCGCAGGGUAUAUUUGCUACCUGUGACAGAGGCCGAGAAGCAAGAUGCGUCGAAGAGAUGUACAGAUUGUUGGAGCAGGUGGGGCGCGAACCUAUGAUACCCCUCCUCCUUUUUCUCUCCAGUCGGAGCGGCCGAAGAGCUCACAACUGGUUUGGUGCGACUCUAGGUCGCCUCUGAGCUUUAUGGCCUUGACCUGCCCGAUGACAAGGACGGCGAGGGUGAGGACGAGGAUGAGGAUAUCGAGGCGUCGAUCCAGAAGGAGAUUGAUGACCUGAAGGGAGCCAAGUCCGAGAAGCCGUUCAUCUCGGUAAAGCUCGAUGUCGAGUGUGGUGGGGGAUAUUUUCCCUUCCCUUUCUACCUUUCACUUAUCUGUCGAUCGGGGUAAUGUUGACGAAUGGCCUGGUCAAUGCUUAGUUGUCUUCUUCCGUCUGAAACCCCCUUGCGAACCAACUGCCAUGGUCGGUGCGCUCUGUGCCGGCACUGUGGAGAACCGUCUCAAGAGCCGAUACGUCCAUCGCCUCACACCGGUCACUCGGAUAGGCAGGGCGAACGCUGAAGGCCUGGAAGCCGUCGCUAAGGAGGUGCUUCCUCCCCACUUUCACCAAGGUGAAGACUGCAUCAAGGUGUGUUGUGCCUUUUGUCUUUGGAAGAAAAAGAAAGAAAAAGAAAAAGAAAAAAAGUGAUAUCGACCCGAAUUCCGUUCGUCGGGAAAAGGAAAGGGUACGAGUACAGUACUGUAGGUGUUUGAUUUUUCGGUUACUGAAACUUGGGUAAUUGCGCUCUUUUUGUUUUUCUUUCCCUUUUUAGUUCGCUAUUAAACCGACUUCGCGCAACCACAACCAUUUGAAGCGAGAGCAGAUCAUCAAGAUUGUAGCAGACGUUGUCGGAACAAAGCACAAAGCUGAUCUAAAGAAUCCCGAUUUACUCAUCUUGGUGGACUUUUACCAGGCAAGUGACUCUCCAUGGUUGUCUUUCCCCCCGUUUACCGGUACUACCAUGCCACAUCACAUCACAUCACACCCCCUUGUGAUAUUGCCAUUAGGCGUCUUUUCCGAUAUAUCCCUUUGAUUAUCUCGUUCUCCUGUCCAGAGCCACAGUACUACAGGUGCUGCAGCUGCACUAUGGCGCUACUUCUGGUUCAAUUCCUGCUUAUGGAUAUUUCCCUCCUUCCCUUCUUCCCUGCUUUCCGCGUGAUAUCUUGUGGUCGUGCAUACGGUAUGAGGAAAUUCGGGUUCUGGCUAACCGGGCGGCGCAGGGUAUUUGCGGGAUGAGUGUUGUGAGAGAUUGGGAGACUCUGAAAAAGUUCAAUUUGGCUCAAUUGCAGGAGUCCAAGACAGAUAAGAAGGAGGGCGGAAGUGAGGGUGUGACCACAAUGGCGUCCAGGGUCGCAACGACGACGAUACCCUCGUCGGCACCAGCAGUGGAAGUGCCCGCGGAGAAGUCUUGAAAAAGUGAGGGUAAAUAAUGUUGGAGAAAUACUUGUAUGUAGCCUAGCUUACCGGUACCCCUUUGCCCGCACUGGAAGCAAAGGUGGAACCGAAGACAAAUAGCAACCAGGUUUAUUAUUCCUG